ACCUCUCCAUUAUUAUUUUUAUUUCAUCCCCUCUUAAAAGCUACACACCUGAUCUCUGAACUUCUCUUAAGUGUUUGUUUCUCAAGAAAAUUAAAAACAUGGUACUAACAAAGAAAUUCAGAGGUGUCCGCCAGCGUCAGUGGGGCUCUUGGGUUUCUGAAAUUCGCCAUCCUUUACUGAAAAGAAGGGUAUGGUUGGGCACAUUUGAGACGGCUGAGGCGGCGGCAAGGGCAUAUGACCAGGCUGCCAUUUUGAUGAACGGGCUAAAUGCGAAGACCAAUUUCCCAGUACCCAACAGUGGUGGUGAUGAUAAUGGGUCUUCUCCGUUGCCUGCCGAGACUUUGUCUGAGUUUUUGGGUGCUAAGCUAAAGAAGUGCUGCAAAGACCAAUCUCCAUCACUAACUUGUCUCAGGCUGGACACCGAUAAUGCUCAUAUUGGGGUGUGGCAAAAACGAGCGGGGAGUCGUUCAAGCUCCAACUGGGUGAUGAGAGUUGAGCUGGGGAAUAAGAAGACAACAAUGGAAGAUGGAGCAGCUUCGUCUUCGUCAGAGUUAUCGCAUAUGGUUGAGGAGACUGAAGCAGUGGGAGAAGAAGAUAGGGUUGCAAUGCAGAUGAUUGAAGAAUUACUCAAUUGGAAUUGUCCUAUGAACUCAACUUCAGCUGGAGUUUAGAAAUAUAUAUAUAUGAUGUACAUCCUCUGCAAAAUUUAUCUGCCAUACAUACAUGCAUGUAAAACUAGGGCAAUAUAUGCAGUAUAUGUCUUACUUUCGUAAUAGUGAAAAUUAUUAUAUGAAAAUAUAUUAUAUAUGAGAACAGCCUAAUCAAAGCUUAUAGGCCUAGAGAAUGUUCAGUCAUUGGAAUCUUGAUAUCCCAAGUUUGACUCCAGCGUUGCAAAAAUCAUGCUUUUUAAAAAAAAAGAAAUUUAAGUGGAGAUAUAUUUUCGAUUA